AUGGCAUCGCAGCAUCGGAAUGGUAAUUCGAAGUCCAGGAAUGGGGGAGGAAAAGGUGUAGGGAAAGGUUCUAACUCGUUGUUUGGGCGUGUUGGAAAUUCUAGUGGCCAAAAUCCCGUAUUACAGAAGAAGCAGACUUUGGAAAGGGCAGAGAAAGCAAAGGCAGAAAAGGCCAAAGCAAAGACUGGAUUGACAUUUCUUGGUGGUAAACUUGUGUUAGCUGCUGAUUUGCAGGGCAAUAAAAUGAAAGCCAGCUCAGAUAAGAAUAAGCAACAAAUUCAAUCGAACAAACGUGUCAAUUUGCUUCAUAAUUUGAAGAAUAGAGCUAGAUCUAAGCAACGAAACAAUAGUGAUAACAGUAAUAAUAAGAAGUUGGUUAUUUCAUUGAAAGAGAGUUUGAAAUGUUUAAAGAUACGAAAUUUGCCGAUAGGAACGAACCCUUCUAAUUUACAAAGAGUGUUACAACAGAUGGGCAACUGCAAAGUUACAGACUUGAAAGUUAUCGAUCUUCCUACUGGUUCAGCCCACGCUGAGGUGUUUGCUUCCAACAUGGAUUUAGAAACGUUACACAAGAGGUUCAACCAGGCCGAAAUUGAUGGCAGAAGAAUCUUAACAGAGAUUUCUUCGCAGCCAGAACUUUAA